UCUGACUUUGAUGCGUCUGCUUGGGUGUAAACUGUCGCUAACAUUUAAAAAGACAUUUUAACGAAUUUAAAAGAGACUACUGGCUAUAUAAGAAAUGGCGGCUGCAAUGGGAAGACUCCAGAUUGGGUUGAAGAAGACUGGUACGACAGUUACCGUCCCAAACAACCCCAAAGCCAAGCUGAUGUACUAUCUUGACUGCAUUUGCAACGUGCUAAACUUGGACAGCUCCGGGGAAAUCCGGCGUCUAAGGGAUUAUGAAAACCACUGGCGCUUGUCAGAAGACGAAACCAACCAAUUACUGAUUCUCUGCCUCCUCAUCAGCCCCGAUGAAUUGAUCAACAAAUGCAUUUUCCAUAGCGACGAAAUGUGUGGAGAUUCCGGUAACGAGUUUUACGAGCUCAGCGCCGUGAACCACACCUUCGUUGUCACCGACAGCAUCAUGAUCGGUGGUGAGCGUAAACGCGUGAAAGAAAUCAUGUGUUUCAAGAUGUCGUGGAUUGAGAAAAAUUUCAUCAACCCGAUUAAGAGUUUCGAAAGCCGCAUUCAGGGACUGAGUGCAAGGAAUCGCCAGGCAAGACGCCGUGAAUCCGAUAGCUGCACCAUUAUUUAG